AUGGAAGGGUUACAUGAAGCUCAAAUAGAUAACUACAUACAAAUAGACAAGUUAUACACUAAUUACAAAAAGACUUCUAAGGAAAAGUUAACUAAGCCAUACAUAGAAGCUAGAUAUGAAAUAUUGGAAACUUAUUGGAAAGAUUUUCAGACCAGGCAUUCAACUUUAUUGUCUAUUAAAGCGUCAGAAAGAAAAGAGUUCGAAUACUUUAGCAAACAUUGUUAUGAUACUUGCAUGGAGAUUUAUUUAGAUAUGAAAACACGUAUGAAGGAAAAGUUGAUGGAGUUAGACGGAGUAAAAAAUCGUCCUGCAAGUAUUAUUGAAUCAUCAGAUCAAUCACAAUGUAAGCAGCCUGUCGUCUCAACUAAGUUACCAGCAGUACAGUUGCCCACCUUCUCAGGCGAUUACAAGAGUUGGCUAUCAUUCCGUGAUUUAUACGAGUCACUGGUGCACAACAAUCCCAACAUCAGUAAAGUUAACAAAUGUCAAUACUUGAAGACAAGUUUACAAGGAGAAGCAGAGAACUUGGUUAAGCAAAUACAAGUAUCAGAGGCAAAUUAUGACACCAUUUGGGAUAUGCUUACCAAACGGUACGACAACAAGAGAAGUAUAGUGAAUGCUUACAUAGAAAAAUUGCUAAACCAAAAGAGAGUAACAACCUUGUCUUCUAAAGCUAUAAGAGAACUUUUGGAUACUACAACGGAAUGUUUAGCUACCCUAAAGAGCCUAAAGUUGCCUACAGAUAACUGGGAUGAUUUGAUAGUCUAUAUUGUUAUACAGAAGUUAGAUCCUGAGUCACACAAGUUAUUCGAACAACGAAUUGAAUCAACUGAUACAUUGCCUACCUGGAAUGACUUAUCAAAAUUUUUGGAGUUAAGAUUUCGUACAUUAGAAGCUGUAAAAUACAAAGAAAGUUCACAAGUCAAGCACGCUACAUCUAUAUCUACUAAAAGCUUUGCUACGGGUAUUACUGAUAACGUUAAAUGUGUCUUUUGUAAAGGAGAGCACUUCAUAUUCAAGUGCAAGGAUUUUCAACAGUUGGACAUAAAUGAGAGGAAGGACUUUAUACAAAAGAACAUGCUAUGUUUCAACUGUCUUAGAAGAGGCCAUUCAGCUUACAAGUGUUUACAGUCCACUACAUGCAAAAAAUGCGGCAGAAGACAUCACUCCUUAAUACAUGGAUACAUCACAACUAAAGAGCCACUGCAAUCGGAACACACAGAGUCACAAGAAGUAAAUGUACAAACAACAACAGCUAUACACACGGGAAACUCAUCAGGAGAAUGUGCCAUUGUCUUAGCCACUGCAUUAGUCAAUGUCAGAUCUCAGAGAAAGGACAAUGAGUACACUACACUGCGAGCUCUAGUAGACCAGGGAUCGCAGGCAUGCUUAAUUACAGAGGCUGCGUGCCAACACUUAGGUUUUAAGAGAGUGCCUAUUUAUGGUAAUGUCACCGGAGUUGGCUCAAGCAAGAGUACUACAAAAGCAAAGGUAGAGUUUGACAUCACGUCAAAAUACAACCCUCACAUUUCUCACAGAGUGAAUGCAUAUGUCUUAUCGACAUUGACAUCUUGCUUACCUCAGAAAACUCAGUCUGUUGAAUGGCCAGAAAUUGCAGACUUAGAGUUAGCAGAUCCAACGUUCUGCAAGCCAGGCAAGAUUGAUCUCAUUUUGGGAGCAGAUAUAUAUGCAGAGAUAUUACAACAUGGAAUGUUGAGUUUAAGAGAAGAUACACAAACACUAAUCGCACAGAGAACCACAUUAGGUUGGUUAAUUUCUGGUAAGAGUAAGAGUAACGAAAUACUGAGAAACAAAAUACUGAGAAACGAAAUACAGAAAAACAAAGUACAGAGAAACGAAGCACAGAGAAACGAAGCACAGAGAGACGAAGCACAGAGAAACGAAGCACAGGGAGAAGAAGCACAGAGAAACGAAGUACAAGGAAACGAAAUACAUACAGAGAUACAUAUACAUCAUACAAGAGUAGAGAUGGACACACUUCUUAAAUCAUUUUGGGAGAUUGAAGAGAAAACUGAGACACCAAUACAAACCAAUGAAGAGAAACGGUGUGAAAAGUUUUAUGAAGAGACACAUAAGAGAUUAGAGGAUGGGCGUUACAGAGUUCAACUACCUUUCGUUACAUACCCGCCAGACCUCGGAGAAUCACUUACACUAGCUACACAGAGACUAAACUACUUAGAAAGGAAAUUCAAGAGUAAACCAGAAUUAAAAGAGAGAUACGAUCAAUUCAUGCAUGACUAUUUACAACAAAAGCAUAUGGAAGUUAUAGAAGAAGAGGAAGAGAUACAAAAGGAUAAAGUUUGUUACUUACCACACCACGCUGUCGUGAAUGAACAGCAUCUCACUACCAAACUACGCGUCGUGUUUGAUAGUUCAGCGAAGACGAGUAAUGGAAAGUCACUUAAUGAGAAUUUGAUGAUCGGUCCAGCCUUGCAGAAUGAUAUCAGAGAUGUUACGUUAAAAUGGAGAAAACAUCAAGUAGUUUUGAUUGGUGACAUUAGACAAAUGUACCGUCAAAUUCAAGUACACCCUAGAGACACCGAUUAUCAAAGGAUUCUUUAUAGAUUUCACGACAAAAUACAACACUUUAGACUCACUACUGUGACAUAUGGUACAUCAUGUGCGCCAUAUUUGGCUAUUAAAACUUUAAAGCAAAUAGCUGAAGAUGAGAGGCCAAACUUUAAAGAAGAAGUUAUUGAGACGGCAUUGAAUGACUUUUACAUCGAUGAUCUUCUGACGGGUCAUUCUACUGAAGAGAGUGUCAAGAUUCUCAAACAAGAUCUUGUCUUAUUACUACAGAAAGGAGGAUUUCUACUACACAAAUGGGCUUCUAACUCUCCAAAUAUUGAGGGUGCAGAGCAAACUACUCGCAAGAUACUGGGAAUAAACUGGAAUGGUCACACUGAUAAGUUUGAACUGCAAAUAACACUCCCACCUGUUAGCAAUCAAGUCACCAAACGCACUGUUUUGUGUGACAUCGCCAAAAUCUAUGAUCCUGCAGGUUGGCUAGCACCUGUGGUUGUUGUUGCUAAAAGUAUGCUACAAAAGUUAUGGCUCAAUAAGUUAGAUUGGGAUGACCAGUUAACAGAGACUCUUAGGGACGAAUGGUUUCGAUAUAGAGAGGAAUUAGAGAAAAUGCCAACUAUAGAGUUGCCAAGAUGGAUCGGCAUUACUGAUGACGUCGAGAGGAUUGAGCUCCACGGAUUCUCCGACGCAUCUACCAUCGCCUACUCAGCUGUGGUAUACUGCAGAGUCAUCACACCCACUGCUAUACUGGUGACUAUGCUUGAAGCUAGAACGAGAGUUGCUCCGGUAAAGCAAGUCUCUUUACCGAGGCUAGAACUAUGUGGCGCAGUUCUGUUAGCCAAGUUGUUGCACAGAAUUCAAUCUGCGCUAACUAUACCAAAUCAAGAUGUUUACGCUUGGACAGACGCUACAAUUGUGUUGGCAUGGCUUCAACGUACUCCCAGCUGCUGGACUACCUUUGUAGCGAAUAGAGUUACCGAGAUCAUCAAUGUCGUCGAGAAGGAGAGAUGGCAUCACGUGACAUCGCAGGACAACCCUGCUGAUGUGGCAUCGCGAGGGAUUUCACCGACCGAGCUUCCCGACCACAUCCUCUGGUGGAGGGGGCCUGGCUGGCUCAACGAGAGAGACGCAUUGCCGACUAGAAGAUCAGAUGUCGAGAUAGAACCUACAGAAGAAGAAAUGAAAGUUAAAGUGCAUGUCAGUGUUAAGCUGAUGUGUUGCGCAGCGGACGUGCUAGAAGGCAAGGGUACGGUACAAGUAGCGAUCACAGUGACGGAGCUUCUACGACGUCACAAUUCGCGCACCUCCCCCCCACACGCUGCGCCCGCGCCGGUUGCCGCCGCGCACGCCACCUAG